CUGCGGAAAUUGAAAGGAGAAGAAUUUAAGGACGCAUCGUACUUCGACAAUCCGGCACACACGCCCGGCAAGCUUAUCACACGUUUGGCUACUGACGCUCCCAAUAUCAAAGCGGUCGUUGAUGGUCGUGCGCUUCAAGUCAUCUAUGCUGUGACGGCUAUAAUUGCAUGUUUAGUAAUCGGAUUUGUCUACUGCUGGCAGGUAACGCUGCUCGGUAUGGGGAUGUUGUUUCUCCUGGCUACGACUAUGAUAUGGCUGGCACUAACAAUCAUGAAAAAGAACAUUGAGAAUGUUAAGAAUGACGAAGCAGGACGAGUA